AGCUCAGUGGACUACAGAUAACAAGUGUGUGAAGUCGAGAAGAUACGAGGAACAAGUGGCCGGUUCCGUACCCUUUGUUCUGAGCUGGAUUUUGGAUUUUAUGUACACCAUGACAUUUGAGGAACUAAGUGGAGAUUAUUCUCAGGAAAGAAUGGAUACCGUGGCGAAAGCUUUGGAAGAAGUCCUGACCUCUGCCUUGCCACAGGGCUGCAUCACAGCGGGAGUCUACGAGGCUGCCAAGUCCCUCAACGUAGACCCUGAUAAUGUGGUUUUGUGCAUCCUGGCCACCGAUGAUGAAGACGUCAAAGAUGUGGCCCUGCAGAUCCACUUCACCCUCAUCCAGGCGUUCUGCUGUGAGAAUGACAUCAACAUCCUGAGAGUGAACAACACCAGGCGCCUGGCAGAGAUCCUGGGCGGCGCAGGAGGAGGCAGCGGUGGGAAGCAGAGUGGGGGCGAGCCUCUGGACGUGCACUGCGUCCUGGUCACUAGCCCACAUUCGACAUCAUGGAAGGACCCCGCUCUGAGCAAGCUGAACCGAUUCUGCAGAGAGAGCCGCUGUAUGGACCAGUGGGUGCCCAUCAUCAACCUGCCCGAACGAUGAACUUUAAGCUGCAGAAAUCCUGUCCAGAGAGGAAUUUUAUCUGCGCAGGAAGAGUGGUGUGAACCCUGAUGGACACGUAUGACCACCCAGAGAUCAAAUUCCAAAGCACUGCUGAUGGGGAAAGGAAAAUUUGGUGGAAAAAAAAGUCCCUGCCUGUCUGCAAGGGAUGAAUUUAAAAGAGAAAAAAAAGCAGGGGGUCUGAUUUCCGCUUUGGACCGGACUGUUUGGAGUUGCGUCUGUCAGCCUUUGCAACCAAGAUGAGACGGCGAGGCUCUUGUGUCGUCACGAGGUGGAAAUACCAAAAAGCGUGUGUGCUUUUUCAUGUGGAGCUGGACACUGUACAGAAGGAUUAUAUCAUGUGUUUGUUUGGCGAAGCCUCUGCGACGAGUCAGGAAAGUGGGGCAAGACCAGAACACGGAGCUGUUGAGCGGACCAAGGCCUCGGCCUCUCUCUCUGCAGAAACAAAGCACUUGUUGAAACACUGGACCUAUUGCAAUUUCACUUAUUUGAUUAAAGUUGUUAGCGUUAACGUUGCUGUUGUCAUAAUUGAAAAAGGGAAGGGCUACACAUCCAGUGAAGACAUUCUGUGUGUUUAGUGUUUCUUAAACCAGCUGGUUUUUUGCCACAAAUGAAAUAGUUCCUUUGUUACAAUUUAAGUUAUUUCUAAUUAUAUUUAAGUGUAUUUAUGUUUCAUUUUUUUACCAUAACUAUUUGCGACACCUGAAUAUGAGACACAUAUGUAUUGCUGUCAAUAAAAAGUAUUUUUUGGAACAAGAA